AUGGACAAGUACAUUGACAGCCGUUUUGAGCGGCUGGAAAAGGCCCUGUCAAGUUUGAUCGACUCGGUCGCCAAAUAUCACCCCUCCGUCAGCCAAGCCGAGGAGCUCAAAGCCGCCGACACAGAGCUCGGCAAAGGCUUGGAGCAAGUGCAAGAACAUCAGAGAAACCACCUGCGCAUUCAGCAGCUGCGCCAGACCUCGGCCGCCCUGGACACGCAGAUCAAGGACACCCUCACCAGUCUGGCCGAGGCGCGUCGUGGCAUCGUCACAACGCGCACCACGACGUUCCCCCGCGAGCCAAACUACCCCAUAGCCUACGAUAAGCUCCUCAGCUAUGCCCGCCGCAUCAGCAAGACGACCCUCCCGCCCGCCGCGACCAUCAACGCAGCGACCGCUGCCGGCACGGUCCCCGCCUCCCCCGAGGGCCAAACGCCCGCCGCCGCCGACUCGCAACCGCAAUCCGCUGUCACACCCUCGGCGCGCACCCCCUCGCGAACGCAAAGCCCUGCCCCGAACGGCAUUCCGUCGCAGGCGCCCCUCUCGGAGCCUCCGACCCAGCAGACUGCCCUGUCGAUGAAUACGAGCCUCCCAGAGGGCAUGAGCCAGUACCUCAACCCCCUGUCGGGCCAGCUAUUCUUCCCAUGGCCGCUCGAGGACAAGAUUCGCUCCGGAGCCCUUGCGUCGUACCAGAUGCUCGUCGAACAGGGCAUCGACCCGAAAGGAUACGACCCCGUCACCGAAGAGGAGCGCAAGCGCAAGGAGGAGGAGGAACGCAAGGCCAAGGAAGAGCAGGAGCAAAAGGAGCGCGAGGAGCGCGAGGAGCAAAUACGCGAAGAGAGGGAGCGUCUCAGAGUGGAACGGGAACGCCAGCGCGAAAGGGAGCAGGAGGAAUGGCGGCGAGCAAGCAUUGCAGGCAACCCGCCCGAAGCGCCGGGGCUGCCGCGCACCAACACGGGCGCCGGCGAGAGGAGGCAGUUCCAGUUCACUAACCUGGACGACCUGGACGACGACGAUGAUGACGAUGAAUAG